AAAUACAAGAACGUGUUCUUGACGUCCAUCAACCAAAAUGCCUUCCUAUUCCAUUUCCCUACACUUCCCUUUUAUAACCUUCAUCAUCCUCUUAUCUCUUUCGAUUUCGAAUGGCGAGAUUAAUGCAAACUACUCAACAUGCUUGAUUCCAUACUCAUGUGGGAAGAUCAAAAACAUAAGGUACCCCUUUUGGGGGGAUGACAGACCCAAAUUCUGUGGGAUCUCAGAGCUAAAACUUAGUUGUCAGCAGGAUCAUACUACUUCUAUGAAUGUAUUACGCAAUGGAAGUUUCGAUUUCACUGUUCUCGAUAUCAAUACAUCUGAUCAUUCCUUGGUUAUUUCAAAAGAAAAACUGUUUAAGUAUUGUUUUGUGAAAAAUACUACUGAAUCUUUUCUGCACAGUCUGAAAACAGAUACUAGUAUGGAGACUAUACAUAUAUACUAUAAUUGUGUUCAUUGUAGCGCCAUAAAUAACUUCAAUAAUAGUUUUAUCUGCACGAGUGAAUACGAUCAAGUCGAUUAUACUGCUUAUUAUUUUGGUAAUCCACCGAAUCUGAGCAAGUUCGGGAAGUCGUGUGUGUGUAAUGGCAGUGUUGAUAUACUGAUGGAUAAGCGAGGGUUAGGCGAGUUUAAUAGGCCGAAUAAUUCACUUGACAAUGUGUUAAGACAUUGGCCUAAUGCUACGUUGAAGUAUUUCGCGAACUUUACAGCAUGUUUCGAGUGUGAGAACUCUGGUGGGCGCUGCGGAUCAUCAGGAGAUAUGGAUUCAGAACAGUUUUUGUGUCAUUGCCGGGAUGGAUCUCAGUCAUGGAAGUGUCUGCCUUCUAAAAGGGAAAAGAAAAAAGUAAUCGUGGGACUAGGCAUAGGAGGAUUAGUUCUUGUGGUUGUAGCUAUCACGGUCUUCUGGCUGUGUAAGAAGCUAAAACCUGGUGACUCACAGCUAGUAACGCGAAAUGUUUCUGACAGUGGUGCUUUAGACCGUGAUGAAAAGGGAAGCAUGUACUUUGCAGUGCCGCUCUUCUCCUACACUGAACUCAAAGAGGCGACUCAAAAUUUUGAUCGAUCAAAAGAACUUGGCGAAGGUGGCUUUGGAAUAGUUUAUUAUGGAAAACUAAAAGACGGAAGGGAAGUAGCAGUAAAAUGUCUGUAUGAGAAGAAUUACAAAAGGGUGGAACAAUUUAUUAAUGAAGUUAAAAUUUUGACCACUUUGAGACACCAAAACCUUGUAUCCAUUUACGGCAGCACCUCCCAUAACUGCAGGGAACUCCUCCUUGUGUACGAGUAUGUGAAAAACGGCACAUUGGCCGAUCGUCUUUACGGUAAAAACUCGAAAUCAGGCUCACUUCCAUGGCAUAUUCGUCUAAGAAUCGCAACCGAAACCGCCAAUGCGCUCUCGUACCUUCAUGCUUCUGACAUCAUACACCGUGAUGUAAAAACUAACAACAUUCUCCUCGACAGCAAAUUCACAGUAAAAGUCGCUGAUUUUGGGCUAUCGAGACUUUUUCCUAACAAUGCAACUCAUAUAUCGACAGCGCCACAAGGGACUCCCGGAUAUUUAGAUCCCGAAUAUUACGAGUGCUAUCAUCUUACCGACAAAAGUGAUGUCUACAGUUUUGGGGUAGUACUUCUCGAGCUAAUUUCUUCUAUGCCUGCAGUAGACAUGAAUAGACAUACACACGAGAUCAAUUUGUCGCACUAUGGAAUGCACCGGAUCCAAAAGAGUGCAUACGAUGAGUUGGUGGAUCCGAAUCUUGGAUUCGCGUCAGAUUUUAGGGUUAGGAGGAUGAUUACCUUAGUGGCCGAGCUUGCGUUCUGGUGUCUGCAACCGUACAAGGACUUUAGACCGUCUAUGGAUGAGGUUUUGGAGACGCUCAAGAAGAUCGAAAGCACUGAUUAUGAAGCAUUACAGGCAGAAGAGAUGGCGCAAGAUCAGCAGAUGAAGGAUUGUGACACGCUGCUAACAGACGCGAAGGCUAAAAAUGGUGCGGUAGAAGUGGCCAAAAUGCGUAGUCGUAUGGCACUUUCGCUUCCUAUGGAGAAUGAUUAUUCCAAACCGGUGAGUAAUCACUGGAAAUAUGAAUCUUCUCCGAUUUCUGUGAUGGAGAAUUGGGUUAGCGGAUCUACUAUAGGUAGCACAAGUAAAUAAUGUGGUAGUUUGUUUCUUUACAUGGUUCUGGUUCUAUGUGGCUGCUAUGUGCAUAAUUGUAGAGUGUUGACUUAUUUUACUUGGACUCGGGUACUAAUGUUAGAUUUUGAUAUGUGUUCAAGUGUUAUGUACGUCUAAAUAUUCAAUUUCACGCUUAAAAUAAAGCGUCUAAGUGUCAUAACAAUGUCUGAGGAUCAAGGAUCGGACAUGGGUACAUGAAGCAAAAUGAAUAAUCCGAGUAACAUAGGUUUUGACUUUUAAUAUAGAAUAUGUUAAAGAGCUUGAUAAUCAUAUGUUCAUAC